ACCCAGAAUAAGAGACUUUCAUUGUAUGGGAGUUAUUGUAUAUUUUGUUGUUAUUAUACGCGUGCGUUUGUAUAUGAGACGGGAUUAACCGACGAUAAUACUUUGACAGAGUAACGGAUAUAAAGUCCCUUCUGAGAACGCUUUAUAGCGGUACGAGUUCAGCUAGAGUGUAAAAUGACAAUACAAAGCAGUUAAAGACCAUGUGUUAAAUCCGUCUUAGAAAGAGUCAUAUGAUAUUUUAAAUGGAUACACGGUCCAUAUAGCUCUAUACUUACAUUUGCAGAUAUUGUCGAGGUUUAAAAGUUCUGUUUAACAGGUAAAUGGUUAUCUGAACAAUAAACCAUCAACCACGCAAGAGAUUUCAUGAUAUACAUCUGAUAUAACUAACUAAUGAAGAUUUGUGUUUAUGCCAUUUACAAGUAAAGUUGACCAGAAAGUCCAAUAUUAUGUUGGAACAACUCAAAUGUGACCAUUCUCGGACAUAAUCUAAAAGCAACUGCUAGAAAAGGAUAGAUACGCGCAAGAUGUAUUGGUGCUUUCUACGAGUAUUUUUGAUUGUUUGUUUAGCAAUUCUGUGGGAUGUGAUAUCACUGGUACAGUCAAAUAAUGAAAUCCAAGCAAACGAAACGUUGCAUAUAGCUUUCUUUUCAACAGUGAGAAAGGAUGCGGACGAACGUAACUUACUUGGAUCAGGUCCAGGCAUGUUAAUUGGUGGUGCCUUCUUCAAUGCCUUGGAUGAAGUGAAUGCCGAAUAUAAAAAUAUUCAUCUUAAUUAUACCUUUGUGAACACACCAGAGGAAUCGUGGGAUACGUUAAGGGAAAUAGCUGAUUUAUAUUGUGACAAUACAACAGCAGCUCUGAUCGGUCCAGAUGGAUAUUGCGAAUCCGCAGCCUUAGCAGCAAAAGCCUUCAACCUGCCGUACUUUGCCUACGGUUGCCACGAAGCUCUACCUUCUGACCAGAAUAACGUCUACACAUUUGUCAGCACAGAACCAACUCUGUCCAAAGUGUCAAAAUUCAUAGUGGCUCUGCUGAAACAGUACAGAUGGAAUUCAUUUUCCAUUGUUAGUGGAUUAGAAUUGAAAUGGAGGGACACUGCUAAAGUAUUGGAAACGAUGUCUAUAAAAGAAGAAAUUCAUCUUAAUAAUAUUACUUAUGAUGCAGAUCUUGAUUUUUUCCACCCAGGAACUGCAGCUAAAGGAAGUUUUAACACCCUUCUGGAGAACACCAAGAAGAAAACAAGAAUUUAUGUAUUUCUGGGAGAGUAUGAGGCUCUAAUAGAGUUUGCUAGAGUCAUGUUUGAAAAUCUUGGUGAAGACAGAAAAGAUUAUGUUCUGAUUGGUGUGGAUGAUCGUCUGCCAGAACCGGAGCAUUACAGAUAUUUUCUACAUCUUCCUUUUGAAGAGGAGGAGGAACCUAAUGAUGGCCAUCUUGAACCAUUCCGUAAUGUUUUUAUACUGACAUUACGACCAAUCAUAAACAAGGAAUGGCCUGAAUUUCUCAAUAAAACAUACCAAAGAAAUAAACUACCACCAAUGAAUUUCCCGCAAAUACCUCCAGGGUUGGAGGAUCGAAUACCCAAAAUACCUAUCACAGUUGCUUACUUAUAUGAUGCUGUGAAGAUAUAUGCCAAAGCUUUGAAUGAAACAUUGGCAGCCAACGAAGAUAUCCGGAAUCCUGAAAUGGUUAUCAAAAAAUUGCGUAACCGAUCUUACAGAAGUGUACAAGGAUUUAGCGUACAUAUCGAUGGACAGGGUGAUAAUGAUGGUAAUUAUACAUUAUUAAGUGUACGUGUAAAAGAUGGAAAAGCUGUUGCUUGGAUGGAUUCUGUUAGUGAAUAUACACGUUCAAUUAACAAUUCUAUACCAAACAUGGAUCUUAAAUUAAACAUAAAUUGGUUAUCAGGUCAACAACCACCUAGCGAACCACAAUGUGGUUUCCAGGGAGAGAAAUGUAAUACAAAUUGGGAGUUGGCUGUCAUUGGUAGCGUUUUAGCGGCGGCUGUUAUUGUUCUGUUAGCUUUAGGCUUAGUUGUAUUGCGAGUGUCCAAGUAUUAUCGCUAUGAGAAAAAAUUGGCUAGUUUAUUAUGGAAGAUAGAUAGGGAAGAUUUACGUUUUGUGGAUUCCGUUCGCGAAUUUUAUUCUCCGGGUCGACAAAGAAAAAAGGUGUCAAGUCCUUGGAAGUUUUUACUUUCGGGUGAUAACGAAAGCGAAAAGAGAACAGGGUCCAGAAAAGAGAAACAGAGUAACACCCAUGUUGGAUCGUAUCGUGGAACCAUAGUCUUUAUCAAACAAGUGACGAGACGAAGUUUGGAUAUUAACAGAGAGAUGAAGAAACAGUUACAGCUAAGGAAAGAAUUAAGUCAUGAUAAUAUUAAUAGAUUUAUUGGUGCGUGUAUUGAAUUACCAGAGGUUUAUAUUGUUACACAGUACUGUGCACGGGAAAGUUUACGGGAUAUUUUACGGAAUGAAGAUUCACAGCUUGAUGAAAUGUUUGUAUCUUCACUUGUAGCUGAUUUAAUUAAGGGCAUGGUAUUUAUACAUGACAGUGAUAUAAUAUCCCAUGGUAAUUUAACAUCCAGUAAUUGUUUGGUUGAUAGUAGAUGGGUUCUACAAAUUGCUGAUUUUGGUCUACCCUCAGCCUUAUCUUCUACACCCCCUGCUGUUGAGGAUGUUGAUAGGUACUAUGAAAAAUUAGUCCUGAAAGCUCCAGAAUUACUCCGCAAUACCAAUCAUCAUCCUCGGGGCACACAGAAAGCGGAUGUUUAUUCCUUCGCUAUUAUAUUGUAUGAGAUACAUGGCAGAAAAGGACCUUGGGGCGACGUGAAAGUAAAUCUUAAAGAUAUUGUCGAACGUGUUAAAUACUGUGGAGAUGCGCCGCCAUUUAGACCGGACCUACAGGAAAUGACGUGUGAAUCGUACAUCACCAGCUGUAUCAAAGAUUGUUGGGCGGAAGAUCCUGAAUACCGACCCGACUUUAAGACAGUUAGAACGAGGUUGAAGCCAAUGCAACAGGGAUUGAAAGCCAAUAUAUUUGACAAUAUGCUGGCUAUGAUGGAGAAAUAUGCUAAUAAUUUGGAAGCCUUGGUAGCUGAAAGAACUGACCAAUUAUCCGUAGAGAAAAAGAUGACAGAAAACCUUCUAUUGAGAAUGUUGCCACGGUAUGAUAUGUCACCGGUAGCAGAACAAUUAAAACGUGGACAGCCGGUUGUACCGGAACAAUAUGAAUGUGUCAGUAUCUAUUUUAGCGAUAUUGUUGGUUUUACAGCAUUAUCAGCACAGUGCACACCUAUGCAGGUUAUUGACAUGCUAAACGAUCUGUAUAGUUUAUUUGACUCCAUAUUAGAGAACUACGACGUCUACAAGGUGGAAACUAUCGGAGACGCUUACGUCGUGGUCAGUGGUCUACCAAUUAGGAAUCAUGACAAUCAUGCCGGAGAGAUCGCCUCCAUGUCACUACAUUUGCUAAGUGGUCUGGAAAUGUUCCGACUUCGUCAUCAACCAGACCAAUCAGUUAAGAUAAGAAUCGGCAUUCAUUCAGGUCCAUGUUGUGCUGGAGUGGUUGGUCAUAAGAUGCCGAGGUAUUGUCUAUUUGGUGAUACAGUUAAUACAGCUUCUAGAAUGGAAUCAACGGGGGAAGCCUUAAAGAUUCACUGCAGUCAAGAAUUAAAGAAUAUAUUGGAUAAGUUGGGCGGGUAUAAUCUACAAGAGAGAGGAUUUACAGCAAUGAAGGGUAAAGGUGAACGAUUAACUUAUUUCCUAGUCGGAGAAGAUAAAAAUCAUAGAAUUCGUCGAAUCUCAACAGAUAAAGAAUACGACAAGCGUUGUGUUUCAUCUGGUAACCCUGACUAUAGCUCUUCGCUCAAAACGUAUGAAGCCUUCGUCAAUGGCAAUGUUCUUCUGGAAAAUUCAGAGUCCACUGAAAAUCCGCCACAAACAGACAAGUCUUCGAAUCCCGUGGUUCAAGCAGACAUACGACCGGAAAUAACGGACAAAAACACCGUUAAUUCGACAAUCCCCAAGGACAGUUUUCUAUUGGUGCGUGAAAAUCUGCCACGUCGUUCCAGUAGUAUGAAUGGUACACCCUCCCGAGAAGGAUCUCCCCAGUCGGACUCCACGUGUAGCGAAUGUGAGCAAAUGACGUUUACAAUUGAAGAUCCAAAUGAACGGAAGUGCCUAUUGAAAACUAAGCAUGCCAAACAGUGCCAUAAAGUCAGAAAGCAUAAUUCCAUGCUUAAUAAGAAACCAAGUCAUGUUUGUGAUGAUUUUAGUCAAGUGAAUGGUUCGGUCCCAGAAAGUAUUCUGUGAUGAGUUAAAUAACAUGUUUUUAUUCUCGGUGCCUGCAGUAUUUUCAACUUGUAUAUUUUUAUUGAAUCUCAUGUCGUGUUUCAACAUUAUUGUGUUUUUGGAGAACUCCUAUUUUGAGAAACAACUAUUAUCAUUUGUGUUGAAAGGAUAACUCAUAUAUGAUUUUUUGUUUUAUAUAGAUAUACUUUAAAUAUUAUAUAGUGUCCUUCUUAUCCUAAAAGUCAUUCAGAAGUAAAAUACUUAAUAUAUAACCUUUAAAGUUUAUUACUCUGGGGGGGGGGGGGUUGCAUCCAUCAUAUAAAUACACACACACUUAACUUAUUAUAUACAUUAUUCUCGAUCUUAACCAAUAAGUAUACCUUAACCAACCUUGUGUCAAUUUAUAAUCAUAUAAAUGAUAUAUGCGGUUAUUGUUCUAAAAUUUAGUAUGAUUUAAAAAUUGUCUUAAUAAAGAAGCAUAAUUUUAAAAAACGUUUCCUACUGUGCAUAAUUUAUAAAGAGUUUACUAAAGGGGUAUAUUCCAAAGGGCGUUCUCUAAUUGUGCAUAAUUUAAACAGAGUUUCGAGAUUUUCAAGAUAUUGUAUACCGGAUAAAUGGCUUUAAAACUAAAAUGGACAUAGUUAUAAGCAUGUUUAUAUAAUAAUUGAGAUUGAUUUUUUAAUAAACAUUUUAGAAUAUUUGAAGAAUAAUUGUCCACAUUAAACAGAAUAUUCAAUGCUUUCUGUAAAAUAUUCUUGUAUUGUUAUCUAAAUAUAGAAGCAUUUAAUUGUUUUGCAAAAGGAUAUGUUCUUAUUAUUGUUCAUCUGAUAACAUAUAUUUAUUUUGCUAUAAAAAUGCUCUUUUUAUUGUUCUUAUGAUAACAUGUUAUGCUAUAAUAAAUGCUCUUAUUAUUGUUCUUAUGAUAACAUGUUCUGCUAUAAUAAAUGCUCUUAUUAUUGUU